AGCCUAUCUGUCUGUAAGCUCUUUCUACACGGAAAAUAUCAAAAACAAAAUAAAAAGGAACAAACAUAAAGAAAGAAAGGUUUUAGAAAUAAGGAUGGCUUCCAUUGCUGUUCGAUCUUUGGGGACAAAACAGGCAACCCAUGUUGUAAAUUUGGACGUUGAAAGCCAAACAAAUUUCAGAACAGCUGAACAAGAUAAGUCUGCCAUACAAAUUGAUAGACAUGAUGAAGCUGCAGAGAAUAGAUCUAAGCCGGAUUCAGAUAUAGAAUUGUCUGGUGCGAAAUUCACGGACGAGCAGUGGAAGAAUGGUACAUGGGAUCUAAAUAUGUUCUUUAAGAAUGGAGAGAUAGACUGUGAUAUUGUCAUUGUUGCAGAAACAAGACGAAGAAAGUUUCUUGAAGUACAUCCUCAAGCAUCCUCAAAUGAAGAACCUAUAGUGCUCAGGAGCUCUAUAAUACCAUGGUGGGCAUGGCUGUUGAGGUCCUAUCUCCCAGAGGCUGAGCUGCUUAAUGGUCGAGCUGCAAUGGUGGGGUUUUUCAUGGCAUAUAUUAUAUAUGCUUUGACAAGGCUUGAUGUUGUUGGACAGAGUGGUAAUUUCAUAUGCAAAGCAGGGCUAUUUGUGACUGUCACUGGUAUAACUGUGUUUAAGAAAACCCAAGAUUUUGAUAAGCUUAAAAAGCUAGCAGAUGAGGCCUACUUUGUAUGAUAAACAACGGCAAUCUUCAGGUAUUGGCCGCUUAA